GUACAUCAACCUUUCCUCCGACGGCCAUAUUUUCUGUUGGUUUCUGCGUAAACAAUCACGGCCCGCAUUCUAUGCACCAUUGCAGCCAUGCUCUAUCUAAUUAGGCCGAAAUGAGAGCUUGUGAUCGGUGUUGGGCGCUUAAAACGCAAUGCGAUGCAGGCAGUCCCUGUUCGCGUUGCAGGAGACUUGGGCUCGAAUGUGGAGAUAAUCGACCAGUGCGCCGCCGUGGCAGACCCAAGAGACACACGGCCGACCGUACUGGUCUUGCCCCAGUUCAGUUGUUACCCUCGGCUCCAACAUGCACAAAUUGCGAUGACGAAGGCAGCGGAGAUGUUGGAGAUGAUAUGGAACCUGACUCUAUCGACACCGCCACGCAUUCUGAACAGAGCCCGUCUUUUGUGCCAUUGGGCGAAUCACCCUUACCAUUAGAACAUGAAAGGAUCUCUCCGCUGCACAGACCCAGCAGUAUUGAUGAACAAUUGGUGAUGAGUUAUAGCGCUGGUACUAGCCCUAUCGAAGAUGAAGAAACUAGUGGCCUGAGUGUGGUCUAUCGAGAUGCUGGAGCAAACGAUCCAAUUCCCAAUGAGAAAAGCGAAUAUCUACUAACCUUAGGCCUCAGUCUAGAUAUUGUCACCCGGCUUCUUUCUCAUAGCUUUGCGGAAAUCACUUGGUGGGGACUUCUCGCCAUUAUCCUGGACGAUGCCACUGGUCCGAGAGAAUAUUUGCUCACAGCGAAUACCUCGUCGGAUUCGUGGGAAAUCCUGUGUGCUUUACUGGCAAUCGCCCUGCAAGUAGACGACAGCGCCACUUGCCUUGCGCCACACGUCUCUCCUGAACUCGUUAUUGAUACUCUCCGUAUAGAGGCGCUUCGUCAUAUUCCUACACUCACUUGGAAGUCUUGCGAUGUGAAACUCAGCCAAGCAUCGAUAUUGGUCCUCUUUAGUCACUUCUGGUGUAUGCAUGAUUCUCUAGUUACAAUUGCAUUAUCUUGGAACUCCCUGGCUAGGAUAAUAUGGAUCGAAGUGCACAGCCGCGCGCUCUCCCUAGAAGGUGUUUUGGCUACUAACAGCAAAUGCAUACUGGAGGCAAUUGAGAUACAAGAAACAACUUUGAUGCUACUUCAUCCCUCCUACGAAGCGACCUGCCAUCAACAGAUACGGGACUAUGAAAGAGAUAAAGACGACUUGCAGCCAAAUGGAGUUUUGGAAUCAACUCCUAGUGGCUGGAAGGUAUUUGUUGAGCCAUCGUCAUUGCGGAACGAUCUCUAUGGAAUUAUAUUACCCUUGGCACGAUUACUGAGAAAAGCACUGCAAAACGAAAAAGACGAAGAAUUAAAUAAUGAGCUUAGAAGGCGACUGGAACAGUUCUAUCUAGAUUUCCCCAGUUCAUUAGUAGCCCUCGAUGCGGUGACAUACCCAUACCAAGCAGAAGCUAUGAUAUGGUUCCAUGGGGUAUACAUGUUGACUUAUUCCCAUAGAGAUCUUUUGGGGCUGUUGCUGGACCCAUGUUGGCCGUCAUCAGACACGUUCUUUAAUGCGUUUGAGCAUUCACUUUUACUUGCCGAGGUUCUUCCCACGCUCCUAUCAAUCGAUCCCUCUCUUAAAUCCAUAUCUGCAAGCACUACAUUCUUCAUAUUACUAUCCUCCAUAAUCUCAGCGAUCGCCUUAUGGCAAUUCCAUGAGCACGAAUUAAGUAACGGUCCGAUAAAAACAGCGCAGAAUUUGCCACACGGUUUGAGAGCAAGCAUUGAAAUACAUAUUCACUUCUUCGACUCACUCUUGAGUUCGCAGCAUCGCUUCAAUUUGGAUUUGUUUAGUGCAGUAUGCACUAUCCUAAAGGCCCUUAUAGGAGAACGCGACUCUGAUGUUUCACAAACAAUGGCAGGCACACUAUAUGUCUUAGGACAUUAUAGAUGGUGUGACCAAGGUACGGGUAUCAUCAAGAUGACAGACAAAGCCGCCAGCAGGUUUUGGCACAGCUCUGAAUUCCAUUGGGCUGAAAAGCUGUCCUUGCCCACAAAGUCUGGACUCAAUGAUGAAUCAGAUCGAAG